AUGAAGCCAGGAUUCAAGCUGCAAUCAGAGAGUUUUGGGAAGAAUGAGGGCUUCCCACUCACUGUCGAGUCGGCGAGCAGCAGCCGGAAUACCGCCCGUCAUGGGAGACGCCGCUCCGAGGUGGCGUGUCCCUGUGUGAAUGUGUCCCGCCCGCUCUGUCCACAGGAGGGCGACGCCCACACCGAGACCCUGACCGAGUACGAGGCCGGCCUGAGGCAGAGGCCCCCGCCCCGUGUCAUCUUCCAGGCAGGCCUGACGUCGCGACGCAGGCCGCGGGGCUGUGAUAGGGGCCGGCAGCGUAAGCAGGAGGCCCACAGCGGCCAGACCCCGUGCAGGAGGAGUCCAUGUCACCUGGCCACCCGUGUGUCAGAGGGCCCCUCCCUGGAUCUCCUGGAGCCCGACUCCAAGGAUUCCGCCCAGAGCGGUUCCUGGGUGUCGCUCUCCUCUUCAGAGGCCCUAAUUCAGCCAGAGUACAAGGACAGCAAAGGCUUCCAUGUCGGGGAGCUGGUUUGGGGGAAAAUCAAGGGCUUCUCCUGGUGGCCAGGCAUCGUGGUGAGCUGGCGUGCCACUGGCAAGCGGCAGGCCUCCCUGGGCAUGCGAUGGCUCCAGUGGUUCGGGGACGGCAAGUUCUCAGAGGUGUCUGCCGACAAGCUGGAGUCGUUUGUGGCCUUCCCCAAGUUCUUCAACCAGGCCUCCUACGUGAAGCUGGCCUCCUACAGACGGGCCAUCUUCCAGGCACUGGAGAUGGCCAGUCUCCGAGCAGAGAAGACCUUCCCCCUCUGCGACACUGAGAGCCCCGAGGAUCAGAUCAAGCCUAUGCUGGACUGGGCUUACGGGGGCUUUCUGCCCAAGGGCUUCGAGGGUCUGAAGCCCAUGGAGAACUCCGACAGCGGCUCGCUGAACCAGCAGGUCUUGGACGUCGCUCUGACUGAGUGCUUCCCGGCAGCCAAGAGGCCGAGGCUGGGCCUGUGCAAAGCCAAGCAGGGCACGGAGGACGUGUACAGCCGAGAACAAAUGUUUCAUGAAGUUUUAAAGAAUCACAGAAGUAUAGAAGAAUUUUGUCUCUCUUGUGGGAAGACAAGGGUAGCAACGUUUCAUCCGCUAUUUGAAGGAGGCCUGUGCCAAACAUGCAAGGAUGUCUACUUGGAGAUGUGCUACAUGUAUGAUGAUGACGGAUACCAGUCCUACUGCACCGUGUGCUGCGGGGGCAGGGAGGUGCUGCUGUGUGGGAAUGCCAACUGCUGCAGGUGUUUCUGCGUCGACUGUCUGGACAUCCUGGUGGGUGCAGGGGCGUCAGAGAGCGCCCGCGCUCUGGACCCCUGGUGCUGCUACAUGUGCCAGCCCCCAGCCCGCUACGGCGUCCUGAAGCGGCGCCACGACUGGAACAUCAAGCUCCAGGAGUUUUUCGUGAACGACAACGGGCAGGAGUUUGAAAACCCCAAGAUCUACCCGGCUGUACCAGCAGAGCAGAGGCGCCCCAUCCGUGUUCUCUCGCUGUUCGACGGCAUCGCCACGGGGUACCUGGUGCUGCGGGACCUGGGCUUCAAGGUGGGCCAGUACGUGGCAUCAGAGGUGUGUGAGGACUCCAUCUCGGUGGGGGUGGUGCGGCACGAAGGGAAGAUCCAGUACGUCCAUGACGUGAGGAACAUCACCAGGAAGGAUAUCGCAGAGUGGGGACCCUUUGACCUGGUAAUCGGCGGCAGCCCCUGUAACGAUCUCUCCAUCGUCAACCCCGCCAGGAAGGGCCUCUAUGAAGGAACUGGGCGACUCUUCUUCGAAUUCUACCGGCUGCUGAGCGAGGCCAAGCCGAAGGAGGGCGAGGACCGGCCCUUCUUCUGGAUGUUUGAGAAUGUGGUGGCCAUGGGGGUGAACGACAAGAGGGACAUCUCACGCUUCCUUGAGUGCAAUCCAGUGAUGAUCGACGCCAUCGAGGUCUCCGCAGCUCACCGCGCCCGCUACUUCUGGGGGAACCUUCCAGGGAUGAACAGACCACUUUGUGCAUCAGGGAUGGACAAACUAGAACUUCAGGACUGUCUGGAACACGGCCGUGUGGCAAAGUUUGGAAAGGUGCGAACCAUCACCACACGCUCGAACUCCAUUAAGCAGGGAAAAGACCAGCACUUCCCCGUCAUCAUGAACGGGAAGGAGGACAUCUUGUGGUGCACGGAGCUGGAAAGAAUAUUUGGGUUUCCCGUGCACUACACCGACGUGUCCAACAUGGGCCGGGGGGCCCGGCAGAAGCUGCUGGGCCGCUCCUGGAGCGUCCCGGUCAUCAGGCACCUGUUCGCCCCCCUCAAGGACUACUUUGCCUGCGAAUAGGGGCUGAGCCCCCACCCAGAGCAAAGCAGCCUCCAUCUGCGAAAGCGAUCCGUACCACGCCGGUGCUGUCCUCCUGUAGCCAGUUACAGGGUCAUAUUCCGUCAGUUGUUUAUGAUCCCGACGUUCCGCUCGGAACACCAGGAUGCAGAGUCGUUCACGACUGUGGUUUACUGUAGACACACUUUACCUGUAUGGGCUGGACUCCAUGCUCUGACAAGUACCUCAGCAUCACACACUGCGACAAUUUUAUAAUAUUUAAAAUACUUUUUUUAAAGGUGAAUUUCUGGUCAAAAUUUCAUAUUUGUGGUUCUAAUAUAAAAGAAAAAAUGAUUUCCUUAAAAUACAUAAUGAAAAAGCUACAAAUGGUUUAACAGAUAUUCCAGAGAUGGUAUAAAAAUACUUUAUUAAAAGGUGAAUUUGUCAUUAAAAUUUUGCAUUGAUUAUUUUAAUAACAAAAAAAAGUACAAUUAAUAGAUUUAUUUAAGCAUAAUACAAAACUUAUAGUUUAUCAAUGUUAUCCUAGAGAUGAUGUUUUAAACUCUCAGUUUUCAUUUUUUCUUUUUUUUGUUCAGAAAACCUUUUUGAAGCGCACAAAGUAAAGAGACCAAGUUACUUUUGGCCAAAACAUUUGAAGUUAUGGUUAAAGUGGUUCGUGUGAACAAAUGAUUUAAAGAUGAAAACAUACAGAAGUUAAUGAGCUGUAUUGUUUGCUGACCAAUCAAAGCUCGUACUUACAUCAGUUUUAUAAAGAAAAAAGGUCAGGGGUCCACUAGUUAACGUAUUUUCAGAAUCACGUCUUUGUUGUUUGUGCAUUAAGUACUGUUGUUUGUCUAAAAAACAUGUUUACAGUAUCAGCUUUCCUUUGUCAAGGAAUAUUUGGGCAUAUUAAAAUACGUCAACUUA